CUCUCGCCAGAGCUGGAAGAUGCCCUGGCUCAAAUCUCACGCCUGGCCAAUCCUACUUCGCAUCAGAACCCCGACACCAUUUCCCGUACUCUCGUCGCUUUGCAGAACUUACCCCCUCAGCAAUCUCUGGAAGUCCACACCCAGCGUCUCACCACAUCCACCAACAGUCUUUCGUCACAUAUCAUACAACAAACAAAGCACUUCGCUUCCCUCUCUGCUUCCUUGUUCGCUCCCUUUGGCUUCGGUACCCCUUUGGACUUUCAGAUCGUAGACGACGAGGUGGUGCCUGCCAUCACCCAAGUCAUACAAGACUUGCCAACUCCUGAUUCGCGUGCUUUACAUACUCUUUCGCGUCUCGAUCGCGAAACCACCGAUCUAAUACAAACGCUCGCUGCCCUAUCUGAUUCGUUACAGAUGGGCCGCCAGACUACUGCCAGUGCUGCACGUCAAUUGAGAAACACCCAACUCAUGGUCUCGGAAAUGCGUCGGGAGAGCGACCUAGCAGAUCAGGCACAGUGGCUCAUUGAAAAGGAGCAUUGGGACCAUCGUCUCGCUGAAAGGUCUUGCGCCAGAGAGUGUCGUGACGUUAUUGGUGGCUUUGAUCAGGUCUUCAAGGGCUUGAGGAGAGGAUUGGAA